CCCGUCCGUGCGCCGCCUCCUCCUGCCCGGGUCCCCCACAGGUAGAGAGGGGCGGGAGGGGGUGUGAGGGAGAGGAGGAGCCGGAGCCACCGCGGCCCAGUGCUGCGGCCCACUCCAGGGAGGCGAGAGGAGAACCCCCUUUACUCCUCGCCCCCUCCCAGUCCCCCGCCGGUCCGGGAGGGGGUGGGGCGCCGAGGCCGCUGCCGCCCGGCUGGGCCCGGCCGGUGGAGAGGGAGGGCGAGGCGCGGAGGGGUGAAGCCGGCGAGGGCCGCGCGCGCCACCGCCGGGGGGAGGGGAGAGGAGGGCACCUAGGCUCUCCUCUUCUCUCCCCCCUCCCCCGCGCGCCAUGUAACCCCGCCCCGCCGGUGGCGAGCUUGAGACCCCCGCGCGCACGGAUUCGAGCCGGCGGCUAGGGAGACGGAGGGUCGAUGCGGCAGGGGCUACGCGGCGCGGCCGAGCCGUGAGGAAGCUGUCUGAGAUCACGCGUCCCCCCGCGCCUCGAGUGGCCCUGUCGCACAAUCUAGCUUGGGCCUGCCGGGGGCAUGAGCGUGCCGGAGACGCCGGGUGAGAUGGAGCCGGCCGGGGAGGAGGAGCGGCCGCCACCAGAGGCCGAGGAAGGGGAGGAGGAGGUGGCAGCGGCAGCCCCGGCCUCAGGGCCGGCGCGCCGGAGGAGUGCCUCCUCGCUGGAGGACGCGGACGAACAGGAGGCUGCAGCGGAGGCGAUGGUGGUCUCGAGCGGUGGCUGCAAGGAGCAGGAGCUGACCUACGAGCUGCAGCAAGGCUACCGAAUCCUGGGCGAGUUCUUGCAGGAGAAGCACCGGGGCCUCACCGCCCCUUUCCUGAAGCCCUUGGGGGGCGUUGCCACCGGGGAGGAGGAGAUGGCAGAGGGGCAGCGAAGCGGGGCCCGGGGCAGUCGCACCCUCCUGCAGCACCCGGGACAGGGCUUGUGUCUGCUGAAGAUGGAGGAGAAGUUCGUCAGCGGCCAGUACGCGGGCAUCACCGAGUUUGUGGCGGACUUCAGGUUGAUGCUGGAGACCUGUUACCGCCUGCACGGAGUGGACCACUGGAUCUCCAAACAGGGCCAGAAGCUGGAGAUGCUGCUGGAGCAAAAGUUGGCGCUUCUCUCUCGGCACUUGAGAGAAAAGACAACGAUAGCAGUUACAUCUAGAGGCUAUUAUGGAUUGGAGGAUGAAAAGGGAACUGCAUGUACUUCAACAAGGCGUCGGUCAACACCUCGAAGUUUGGCAGGCUUGACAAGUGGAGUUUUUGAAUCUAUAAUGGUUCAAGUUUUGAGACAGGAAGAACAGCUGAGAGCAAAAGAAGAAAAAAGGCUUCGGGAGCAGGAAAAAAAAGAAGCAGAAGAAGCUUGUCAAAAGGAAAUAGAAGAAUGGGAAAGAAAACUUCUAGCUCAAGCAGCACCAACUUCUAUGGAGAACAUGUGGGAAAUUCCAGCCAUUGGGCAUUUCCUGUGUUUAGCCCAGCAAAUUCUAAAUUUGCCCGAAAUAGUCUUUUAUGAAUUGGAACGUUGCCUUCUGAUGCCUCAGUGUAAUGCUUUUCUAUCAAAAAUAAUGACUUCUCUAUUAAGUCCUCCCCAUCGUAGACCUACCUUACAUCGAAGACCUACUUUGCCUUAUAGGGCCUGGGAAGCAGCACUGAGACAGAAAGUGCAGCAGUGGUACACUGCUGUAGGACAGACUGAAAAUCCUGAUAACUGUGCUGAAAAACUUGGGUUGUGUCCUCAGUUUUUUAAAGUUCUUGGAGAAGUUAAUCCAUUGGAAGAAAAACCUUUUCACGAACUACCUUUCUACCAAAAAGUGUGGUUACUUAAGGGUCUUUGUGACUUUGUUUAUGAAACACAAAAAGAAGUUCAAGAUGCUGUGCUUGGACAGCCUAUACAUGAAUGCAGAGAAGUUAUCCUUGGUUAUGAUUAUUUGGAGAAUGCUUAUGUACAUUUUCCACAGUUCUGUGGUGCAGAUGUACGGAUUUAUAAACAGAGACCUUUUCAGGCCCCAGAAUUUCCAGUUCCACCCAUUAAAAUACAAAGAGUACCUCGGAUUAAACUGGAGAAAUUCAAGUGUGACUAUGUUAGUACAAGUAAUGGAGAACAUAAGUGUGGUAGAGAAGGCCUGCCUUCUACCUUCAAGAAAGAGCAGGAAAUUAAUUUUGAUCUAGCUUGCUGCCCUGCUAAAAUGAACUUUGAUAAUCAUGACAUCUCUGUUGAAAUGGAAGUAAAGUCCAACUGUGAAAUGAGAAUUCACAGGCCCUGUGAAAUUAAAAAGACUGAUUGUUAUAAAGAAAAUCUGGAAAAACCAGGGAGUCCAGGGGAAGUUACUGGCUUUGGAGAGCCACUUAGUCCAGGUGAAAUAAGAUUUAUAGAAAAUCAGGAAAAAUAUGGUGAAACUUCCAAAAUAAAGACUGAACCCACUCCAUUGAAAGAAAAUGCUCUAAAAUCUUGCCAAAUACACAUAAAUGGAAGUCACAUCGAUCAUCCAGAAAUUAACUGCCAUAAGGUUGUAAGGGAUAUUUUAUUAGAGCAGUCACUGCAGAGCCACAAGAAACUCAAACUAACUAAAAUGAGGGCAAAAAAGAAGAAAAAGAAAAAAAAGAAAUUGAAAGACGUUUUGAAUGAAAAUUUACAGAGAAAGCGUGAAGGUCUUCAUUCUCUUGCAUUCAAGUCUUAUAAACCUGAGAUCCAGAAUAAGCUAUUCAUCAUCAAAAAGAAAGCAAAACAUAAGAAGCACAAAUCUGGAAAAAAAUCCAUAUCUAAAAAAGCAAUCACAAAGAAGAGGAAAACUGUCACAAAGUCACCUACUGUACCAGAAUUUCAGCUUAUUUGCACUAAUCUUGAUGAACUCAGGGAAUUAAUCACAAAAAUCGAGAAUGAACUCAAAGAUCUGGAAAACAGUAGAAAAAAAUCGGGCAAAUGGUAUCAACGGAGACAAGCUGUAAAAGAAUUACAUAGCACAUUGAUUCGUCUUUUAAAUGAAUUGCUGCCAUGGGAACCAAAGUUAAUGAAGGCUUUUCAAAGGAACAGGAGCCGCCUAAAGAAAGACUAUGAUGAUUUCAGAAGACAACCUGAUCAUGAUAAAUUUACUAGAGAACUGUGGACUACUGAAGAAUGUGAAGGAGAUCCUGGUAAAGAAUCUCCUAAAGUAGAAAUCAGUAAGCCUAUAGACUCAACAGAGCCUCUAGAUAUCCUGGAAAAAGAUAACUUUAUUUCAGAUGAUAUGAAAUUGUCAGAAGUAGAUUUUCCUAUGGCUAGAAGCAAGGUGUUGAAAAAGGAAUUGCCUUCUAAAGAAGUACUGAAGACACUGCCUAAAACACUUAAACGACAGUCCAAACAAACUAGUUAUCUGGAUGAUAGCACAAAAGAGCCUUCCCCAAGGAAGAAAGCAAAGUUAAGCACAAAUGAAACAAUUGCUGAGAAUUUAGAAUGUGAUAUGCAGAUUGACUGUUUGAGUGAAUCAAAGCAUAUAGAGUCAUUUGCCUCAGUGGAUUCAGUACCAUUGUCUACUCUCCAGAAAGGGACCAAACCUAUUCAGGCCUUGCUUGCAAAGAAUAUUGGGAACAAAGUGACCUUAACAAAUCAACUGCCCCCUUCCACAGAUAAAAGUGCUCCUGCUGUGGAAAAACCAGUUAUAUCUCCUCCAGAAGCAAGCCCCGUAAAGCCAGCAUUGACCUGCCUCAACAGUACAAAAAGUCCUUUACAGAUGGUAUACAAAGUGCCCUGUACUCAGUGGUUGCCAAUAGAUGUUCAAAAUAGCUCUGUGAAGAUUCAGGUGCAACCUAUGGUAGAUCCUAAAACAGGAGAAAAACUUAUGCAGCAAGUUCUUAUUUUGCCUAAGAAUUUUGUGAUUCAGCACAAGGAAGGAAAAGCAGUUACAAAAGAUAAACCAUCACUUCAACAAAAAGGUACAGAACAACGUUGUUCAUCUUUACCGCAGACAGCAAGUAUAAACUCUUCUUUAUCAUCAGUUCUUGUCAACUCAACAGCAACUGUUUCUGCCCAACUACCUAUUUUCAAUAAGACGAUUACACCUUUACCAAAUGUGAGUAGUGCUAGACCACAGCCUUUGUCACCUGUAACCUCUGUGAGCAAUUUACUAAUACCACCAGUUAAGACUAGCCAGGGUGAGGCAGGAAAAGUCAAGAAUGCAGUUUUAACAGCCACAUUCCCUCAGCCUGUUGCUUCACCCACCAUUUCCUCAACAGUAACAGUUCAGCCUCUAUUAUCAGCAACAACACUAAGUGGAUCUACAGAUCCUGGUAAUUCCCUCAACUCUUUUGCACAACAAACUGCUGAUUCUUCUGAAGCAAAGCAAGAACUGAAAACUGUAUGUAUAAGAGAUUCACAGUCAAUUCUUGUUAGGACACGAGGCGGGAACACUGGAGUUGUAAAAGUACAGACCAAUCCAGAUCAAAAUUCACCCAACAGUUUAUCUUCAAGUUCAGUUUUCACUUUUGCUCCUCAAUUUCAGGCAUUUCUGGUACCAAAAUCAAUAACUUCAUCCUCCUCUGCUUUUUCACAAGUAGCUGGAAUGACUACUACAUCUAGUCUCCCACCUUUCAGCCAAACACCAACUUCUGUUUCCAUUCCAUGUGGCUUUAAUUCAUCCAUAGGUAAAAAUCUCAAACUUACUGUAGGCCAACCCUCCAGCAGUGGUAAUAUGGGCCACAUGAGAGAGAAAACUUCACACAUGCCCCCUUCCCCCUUGAAGUCCUCUCUUUGUUCCAGCACUGUACUACCAUCAACAACAAAUAGUUCAGUAAGUGUAAUUAGCAUAUCAGCAGGAAACUUUGGACAAACCAAUACAAAUGUUAUUCAUACUCCAACUAAACAGCAACAAGUAGAUUGUAUCACAAAAAGUUACCCUGUUACAAGAUCAGAAGCAACAACAGCAACAAAUGGAGACGUCGUCAGUGCAACUCCAGUUCAGAAACUUAUGCUAGUAUCAGCCCCAUCUGUUCUUCCUUCUGGCAGUGGAACUGCAAUUAAUGUAACACCUGCACAGACAUCUACAGGUGUUUCUACCCAAAAAUUAGUUUUUAUUAAUGCUCCGGUUCCUAGUGGCACUUCAACCCCAGCUAUUGUUGCAGAAUCAUUAAAACAAACUCUACCUCCCACCUUGAAUAAGACAUAUGUUAAGACUCCAGAGCAACCCCAAAUAGUACUAAUUCCAUCUACAGUGGGAGCACCAAUAAAAAUAAAUUCUUCACCAACUGUAUCUCAGAUAAAAGAUGUGAAAAUUGGACUAAACAUAGGUCAAGCAAUUGUGAAUCCUUCAGGCACCAUGCCAACUAUACCAUCAAUUAAUAUAUUGCAAAAUGUAACCCCAAAAGGAGAAGACAAAAGUAGCAAGGGCUAUGUUUUGCCAUUGUCAUCAAGUGGUAAUUCAAUUCCAGUAAGCUCAAAUUUUGUGAGUCAAACUAUUACUCCUGUUAAUGAAUCAGUGGUUUCUGCAGCGAAAACAAUAAAUAUGUUUUCAGUAACAGGAGCAAAUGUAUCUUUGGGUUCCCUUUCAGUGACUUCAUCCUCUGGUUCAGUUGGGACACGGCCUCCUGUUUUAGUUAGUGGAAAUGAAACCUCCUCAAGAAGUAUGCCUAUUUUGUCAAAUAGACUUGGCACAUCGAAUCUCGGAAACACUGUAGCUAUAUCAACUGUGAAAACAGGACAUCUUGCAUCUUCUGUUCUGAUUUCAACUACACAACCAACAGUGUCUCCUAAAUGUUUGACAUCAGCUUUGCAAAUCCCUGUUACUGUUGCCUUGCCUACUCCUGUGACUGCAUCCCCCAAAAUAAUCAAUACAGUUACACAUUCAGCAACAGUACCAGGAUCUACACGUUCCGUAUCUCUUUCUAAAAGACAAUCUCGAACUUCUCUUCAGUUUCAUUCUCCAGGGACUUCAACUACAGUGCCAACAAAUGUAAACACAAAUAAACCUCAAGCUGAGUUGUCAUCUGUUUCACCAAGUCCAGGUAAAAUAAUUAGUAUUUCCAAUUUUGCUUCUCUUCCAAACCAGCAGAUGUCCCCUGCUUUAGUAAAAUCAACCCCCAGUUAUAGUUCUGUUCCAGGUGGCUCUGCCAUUCACACUGCUACAGCAACAUCAAAUGUAACUAGUUCAGUAGGGGGUCCAGUUAAUGAACCUUGCAUUCAGCAAAAAAUAGUCAUCAACACCAGUACACCUUUGGCACCUGGCACUCAGAUCAUGAUUAACGGAGCCCGAUUUAUUGUCCCACCACAAGGUCUUGGAGCUGGCAGCCAUGUUCUCCUUAUAUCUACUAACCCAAAAUAUGGGCAUCCCUUAGUUCUUAAUAGUGGCCAAGGCAUCCAGCCUACACCCAUAGAUAAUGCUGUUCAGAAGAUCACACUAGCAUCAAACAGUUCUUUAAGUGGGCAACCUGUAAAACAUUCUCUAAGAAGCUCUACAAAGAUUGUAAAUUCUCUGGGGAAUGUAAGUUCUCUACCCACAAUACAUACAACAUCACAAUUUGUAAACACAGCUGCUAAAAUUUCUGUUCCACUUCCUGCACCAACAGUGUCAUUGACUUCAGUAAUUAAGCCUCCGCCAGCUUCACAUUUGUCUACAACAUCUGUGGUUUCUGCCAUUUCUUCCAGUAAUCCUCCACUGCCAAAUAGCACUUCGGUAUUUCAUUUGGACACAUCUGUAAAAAAAUUGUUGGUUAGCCCAGAAGGAGCCAUUUUGAAUACCAUAAAUACUCCAGCAUCUAAGGUUUCUUCACUCUCUCCAUCUCUCUCUCAAAUUGUUGUAUCUGCCAAUCGAAAUCCAGCCUCUGUCUUCCCUGCUUUCCAGUCAUCUGGUUUAGAGAAGCCUGACACAGCUGCAUCUUGAGUUUAGACUAAACGAGCCAGUUUUUAAAUAAUGGGGCAUUGUUUUAACUCCCAUAAAAAUUUUUAACUGUUUAUUAUACUGUUGAAAACAUACUAUACAUAGGGGUGUGUGUGUGUGUGUGUAUGUGUGUGUGUGUUUUAAUGUACCUUUUCAUUAGCUUGCAGCGAGACGUUAUUGGGGAGGGAAAAGUGUGUUCCAUUUCACUCAUUGGUAUGAGGAUGUUUUCAAAGGUUUGUUUAAAAUACAUGGUCUGUAUCACAUAAAUUGAACAAAGUCAAGUUUGACUAGUUUAGAGUAAGCUAGCCUUUUGCACAGUUACAUUGACAUGUUUCUUGAAUUUGGACUAUUGCAGCGUGUCUAUGCUAUAGCAUUCUGUGUUAUUAGUGAAAUCUUAUUUUUGUUUCUGUAAAAAGAAAUAUAUAUAUAUAUAUUUAUGCAUUGUGAAAAUGCAGUCAAUGGUGUAAAAUUGUACAUAUUCCUAAAUCCCUAACAACCUGUACUAAAUAUAUGUACAAAGAACUAUGCUGUCUUAUUUAUGUUUUGUUUACAUAAUGUAUAGUUUUUUAAGUAUUUUAGUAAUUUUGGACCAGUGAACUGUUAGCAACAAUGCAGAAGAAUCUGCAUGUAAUAAACUGAGUUGCUGUA